GCAUUUGGGUUUUCGCCCUUUUUGCAGCAUGAUUUGAAAUAGCAACUAUGGAUUUUUCACGGCUUCACCUGUAUAACCCUCCCCAGUGCCUGCCAGAGAACACUGGCUAUACUUACGCCCUCAGUUCAAGUUACUCGUUGACCGCCCUAGAGUUUGAGACUGAGCACAAGUUGGACCCCGUGUUUGACUCCCCAAGAAUGUCAAGGCGCAGCUUACGUUUGUCUGCAGCAGGAUAUGGGGGCGCUAAAGACGAGGGUCUCUUUGGAAGUGGCAGCACCUAUGCUGGGAAAAAGACAUUUGCAGAUCAGUCACCUCAGAUGAUCAAGCAACACAAAACUACAAUGAGACAGUCCGGUUCAGUGAGAACCACCUCAAGGCGGAAAAUGUCAGGAUCUGCUGCGUUUAGCCACAGUAGUUUCAGCAGCCGCACAAGCGAUGGGUCUUUCAUGUCAACCUUACUGGAUGAGUCUUCAAUACAGGAACAGACGGCUGUUGACCAUUUCUGGGGUCUUGAUGACGAUGGUGACCUCAAAGGUGGGGAUACGACUUCCAUCCAGACCAAUGGUGAUAUUGCAACACUGGAGAACCAGACUGAACUCAGCAAUGGAUACACCUGUAAUGAUUGCAGCAUGCUUUCAGAGCGGAAGGAAGCCCUUACAGCCUACUCAUCAUCCUGCAUGCCAACCUCCAGAGUUUACUCUAGAGACCGAAGCCAAAAAUACAAAUCCAGGAGUCUCCUUUACUACAGCAGUAGUAAGAUCCUGGGAGCAGCCAAGCAGGCUUCAGCAUCUUUCACAUCACUCAUAGUACAGCUGUUUCAGAUGAUCUUGCUGAAGCUGGGCUAUGAUUGUAAAGCUCACUCUAAUUACUGUGGAAGCAUGAAUGUAAAAGAAUUUCUCAGGGAUGAAAGCCACUUGGGUAUGAACGGAGAGUCCACGUGUGAUGACUAUAAGGGGAAGAAACACCUUGAAACAUACACAACAGCCCACUUGCAAUCCUCCAGGUCUAAAAGGAUAGCAGGAAGCAUUUGGCACAUCUUUUCUUACCCAGGUUACUUCUUCCUCCAUAUGUUGCAAAGAAUGAGAACGGCGGGAUGGCUUGUGACCCGGAAGAUUCUGUCUCUCCUUUGGCUGGCUGUUGUGUCCCCAGGGAAGGCAACCACAGGGGCAUUCUGGUGGCUGGGCACUGGAUGGUAUCAGCUCGCGACCCUAAUUUCUCUGCUGAAUGUUUUUCUCCUUACAAGAUGUCUUCCAAAGAUGUUCAGGUUGCUGCUGUUCUUUCUCCCCCUACUUUUACUGCUCGGUUUAUGGUGCUGGGGUCCCGAAGAUUUCCUUUCAUUGUUACCAGCUUUGAACUGGACAAGCUUUCUCAGAAUGCACAGGUGGGAAGACUCACUAAAGAGAGUUGCACCUGAGCCUCAUUCAAGCCCCACUGGUCAGUUUCCAGAGGUGACUAUGAAGUUCUUUGAUGCAGAUCGUGUAAGUGAGCUGGAAAAACAAAUGGCCCUGUUAUCUGAGAGGUGGCGUCACCAGGAUGAAGAGUCCAAUAAAAUGCUGCUUCUGGUUCAGAGCUUUCAGGAACAAAUCAGCCAAAUGAACGACCGAAGUGAAACGUUGGCACUGGUCAAAAACAUUGUGAGCCAGCAUCUUACAAAGCCAGAAUCAGAUGGAACGGCACACUCAGAGCAUGUUUUGACUUUGAAUCAAGAGCACGAAUGGCGCCUUGCAACUUUAGAAGGUCUUCUGGCAAAACUCUCUGAAAAAUCUGAGGGCCUCCAGAAAGAAUUUGAAUUAACCAAAGCAAAAACAGUGAGUGACAUGAAUGAGCAAAGCCAGAGCCUUUUGUCCAAGAUGAAGCACCUAGAACUUGAAUUGGCCCAACUCAAGUCAGGGUGGUUGAGUUUACAAGAUGUCAAAAGCUGCUGCAGCACGAUAGAAGCCCUUCACCAAAAGGUUGAUGCCCAGAUUAAAGAAUCGGUCAGGGUUAUGUUUUCUGGUGAGCUGGAAGGGGAUUUCCCAGAGUCCUUGCUUCAGUGGCUAACUUCCAGAUUUGUGACCAAAACAGACCUACAGGUUUUGUUGCGAGAUCUGGAGAUGCAAAUUCUCAGGAACAUCACUCUUCAGAGGUCGGUCACAAAUUCCAAGGUGACUACAGAGAUAGUGACAAAUGCCGUCAAUGAAGCUGGGAUUGUAGGCAUCACGGAAGCGCAAGCACAGGUCAUUAUCAACAACGCCCUGAGGCUCUACUCUCAAGACAAAACAGGCAUCGUCGAUUUUGCUUUGGAAUCUGGAGGUGGCAGCAUUUUGAGCACCCGUUGUUCAGAGACCUACGAAACCAAAACAGCGCUGCUGAGCCUCUUUGGAAUUCCAUUGUGGUAUUUCUCCCAAUCACCCCGGGUAGUGAUCCAGCCCGACAUGUAUCCUGGCAACUGCUGGGCUUUCAAAGGAUCGCAGGGUUAUCUGGUGAUCCGGCUUUCGAUGAUGAUUUAUCCCACAUCUUUCUGCCUGGAACACAUCCCCAAAUCGCUUUCUCCCACGGGCAAUAUCACCAGCGCCCCAAAGGAUUUCUUAGUAUACGGUCUUGAAAAUGAGUACCAAGAAGAAGGAAUACUUCUGGGCCAGUAUACAUAUGAUCAGGAUGGAGAACCCUUACAGAUGUUUCCAGUCACGAAGAUCUCUGAAAAAGCAUUCCAAAUAGUGGAACUAAGAAUAUUUUCCAACUGGGGUCACGCAGAGUAUACGUGCCUCUAUCGCUUCAGAGUGCAUGGGCGAACUGAAUGAACACUACGCUAAUUUUCCUACUCUGGCUGUACAUCAUUUCUGUUUUUUAAGUUUAUAAAGGGAAAUUUUGAACACUGGAAUCUUUUUAAAAGAUGAAGAGUUGGGUGAUGUACGACAGGUUGUGUUACUCUUUCCUGGCUAAACAAAAUUGUAUCCCAGACCUAAUGGUUAUUUGCUCAGAUGUUCAACUUGUAACUGCCAGACAGCUUUGUGUUUUUAAUGUAUUCUUUCUGAGGGGGGAAAAAUGCAUGCCAACUGCUCUCAUUCUUAAGCCCAAUUAGCACAUCACUAACCCCUGUUUUAAUAAGUCAGAAGACAAAGCUUUUAAAUUUUUCCUUUUGGCCAGUAGGAAUCUGGUUUUUUUUUUUUAAUAUUGGGACUUUCCUCUGCAUCUGGAUGUGAUUUAAGAUAAAAAGAACAGUAGGUGAAAUUUAGCAUGUUCUGUUGUUUAUGCAGUUCCCACUCAGAUGAAGGUUUGUUUGCAAUUCCAGCACAAGCCUUGAAACUAAGGUCUGUUAGCACUGCUCAGACAUUUGCUUGACAAAACUGCUUAGCAGCUCAUCCUUGAAGCGACUUCAUCAGUUCCAGUCAUUUCUGUGCAAUAUUUAAUUUUUUUAUGUUGAAGGUUCUGAUUUCAACCGAAGUGUUUUUAUAUUCAUAUUUCAGAUUUAGAACAUAAACAAAAAAAAAUAUCCUUUGCUUUAUUGGGCACGCGAAGGCUAACGAAAUUAGGAGUUAAACAGCCAAAUGAAUACCAAUAGCAAUUGUUUAACACAGAAAGGGCUUGAGUCUGAUUUAAUGUGUUCUAGUAAGAAAUAGGGAUGGAGUGAGUUGGUAAGUUGCCUCGUGUGCUGAAGGCAAAAUGGCCCCAUGUGUUAGCACCGAGUGCGUCCGGUGAAUUAAGGAGGUGGUUACAUUGAGAAUGGUUUGGAUAGACUCGAAUGAGACAGAUUCAUAAUAUAGUUGGCUACCAUGUGACGGGAGAUAAUGAAAAGGAAAUGUAGAGAUGGAGUCAGAUGUAGAAGAUUAAAGCAGGAACACUAAACUUCAAAGAAAGCAGCUUGCCAGUAAAAUUCCUGCCUGGAGCUUAUUCACAUGUUGAGUUUUGUGCAGUUUACCUUCCCAGAGUUCACUCUGUCCUCUGGGAUUGCUGCUAAUCUCUGACAAUUCAGGGAAAGCUUCACAAGGCUGAGUAUAUGGAAAAGCACAAAAGGCGCCGUUUUGAAUCGGUUCUCCAAAAACAAAAAAGUCAUCUGUAUAUUUACUUUUUUUAAAAAAACAAAAAAAAAGCAUGCCUAUGUACAUAAUCAAAAUGGGCUAUAUCAAAUUCAGAAUGGCACCUGGAGCUGUUAUUAGAUUCUUAUUCUAAUUUCCCUUAAAGUCAUUGAAAUACAAGCCCUGGCAAUUCAGCUUCCUUUUUUAAAAAAUUUAAUUUUGAAAUAUUGUCAGGAUCUGGCUCAGAAAAAGCUUUUUUUGUUCUGUGAAAAUGGUACUUCUGAGUCCUGGGUUUUUGGAAGGAAAACUUUGAUUUCAGAAAAAAGAUAUGCUGGGUUUUUUUUUAUUCUUUCGUAUGUUGCACAAGAGUCCUCAAAUAUUUAUAAAAGCAAGUUUUAUUCUUGAAUACCACUUGUUCACCUGAGUUUAGCUGAAAGUAGAACCAGUAGCUAUUGAGAAAAGCUUGGUAACGCCUGUUAACAGUUUUAAGAAAAUGAUUCCAAAUUAUCCUGUAUAAAUCCAGUUGGGGGAGGGCAGGGUUUGUUUGUUUUGUUUUUUGCAUAACACUAACUUAUUUUUUAAAAAAAUGAGAUAGGACUUUGUGCAAUGUAUUUUUGUAAAUGCUUUUUCAAAAUAUUUGUCUCUGGUAUCCUUUGCUGCCUCCUAACUGACCAGAAGCUAUUGAAAAAAGUUUAAGAAUUUUAAUUUUUGAAAGUGCAUGUAAUAUUUGGAAAUAAGAAUAAAGUUUCCUUUUGGAUAUUUAUACUGAA